UUAUCACUCUCAACAUAAAAGAGUCCUGAUCACUCCAAACUCUUCCAAAUGAUCCUAAAACCUAAAUUCUGGUAACACACUGGUGGAUGAUACCUGUAGAACAGUAGGAGCAAUUGUGAUAUUUUGAAGCAGAGAAGAUGUUUUCUCGGGUCUUCAAGAAGUCUAAGCCUAAAAAUGAUGAUAUUGCAUCCCUUGAUAAAUUGAAUGAGACUCUGGUGUCGCUGGAGAAGAAGGAGAAAGUACUCCAAAAGAAGGCCGCGGAAGAAACUGAAAGGGCGAAAGAAUUUACCAGAGUGAAGAACAAGAGAGGGGCUUUACAGUGCUUGAAAAGGAAGAAACUCUUCGAACAGCAGAUUGAGCAGCUUUUCAAUUUCCAGUUGCGCAUUCAUGAUCAGAUGAUAAUGAUAGAAGGUGCAAAAGUCACGACGGGGACGGUUGAAGCUCUGAGAACUGGAGCAGCUGCAAUGAAAGCCAUGGAGAAAACAAUGAACAUCGAUUAUGUGGAUAAGACGUUGGAUGAAGUGAAUGAACAGACCGAGAACAUAAGACAGAUACAGGAAGCAUUGGCUGCUCCACUUGGUUCAGCAGUUGACUUUGAUGAGGAUGAACUCGAGGCUGAGCUCGAUGCGUUGAAAAUCGAUGACUUGGAAGAGCAACUUCUGCAGCCUGCAACUUCCACCAUCCCUGCUACUCCAGUGCAUAUCCCACCAGUCGAGCAAUCAGCCCAGACUUCUUCUAGGACAGGGGAAAGAGACAAGGAAAAGGAAGAGGAAGAGGAGGUUGCCACAUUGCAAACAGAAAUGGCUCUUUGAGCUCAACCCUUUUACCAGUAAUAUUUUGGCCCGUGUUUGUGUCUGAAUCCCUGAUUCAGAGGUUUCUGACUAUGUUGAA